AGGAGCUUUGCCUCCCAUGACGCAGAGCGAAGUGUCAACUGGGAUAUUUCUGGUAAAACUGAAAGCAAGAAAAGCGGGGUGCACGCUUCACAAGGUACCAGCCCCCGUGGGACUGUGGGUGGGGUUCGGGGCAUUUGGGUGCCAUCUCCCAGUGACAGAUGGAUGGACCUUUCCUCUGAGAGAAAGGAGGAGACACGUUGGCAAGUCGACCUCAAACCCAAGGUUGCUGGUGAAGCGAUCAGAAAGGGGGAAACACACACACACCAGCUAGAGGGAAGGAUUGAAAAGACAAGAAGGGCGCGAAUCGUGACAGACUCCCCGCUGGGGCAGCUACUCACCCGAACCAGAAGCACAAUGUCCCUGAAGCUGCCAAGAAACUGGGAUUUCAACCUGAAAAUGGAGGCUGCGAAAAUAGGCGGCGGUGGAAUGGAGCUCCUCGGUGUGUGGGAUCUGGGGUACUUCGGAUGGGCUAAGGCUACAGAUCGUACACAAAACUCUCGGUCACGGAGUGUGAUGACCGGCGUGAUGACCGGCGAGCAGAUGGCGGCCUUCCACCUGUCGUCCACCCCCAACCCUCUGGAAAGGCCCAUCAAGAUGGGCUGGCUGAAGAAGCAGAGGUCCAUCGUGAAGAACUGGCAGCAGAGGUACUUCGUGUUGAAGGCGCAGAAGCUCUACUACUACAAGGAAGAAGAGGACGUGAAGGCACAGGGUUGCAUGUAUCUACCAGGAAGUACAAUCAAGGAGAUCGCCACAAACCCAGAAGAAGCAGGGAAGUUUGUCUUUGAAGUCAUUCCAGCUUCAUGGGACCAGAGUCGUGCGGGACAGGACUCCUAUGUCCUCAUGGCCAGCUCCCAGGCGGAGAUGGAGGAGUGGGUUAAAUUCCUUAGGAGAGUCGCUGGAGCGCCCUCUGGAGCGGUGUUUGGUCAGCGCUUGGAUGAGACUGUGGCUUAUGAGCAGAAAUUUGGCCCCCAUCUGGUGCCCAUCCUGGUGGAGAAGUGUGCAGAGUUCAUUCUCGAGCAUGGCCUGAAUGAAGAGGGCAUCUUCCGACUGCCUGGGCAGGACAACCUGGUGAAGCAGCUGAGAGAUGCUUUUGACGCCGGGGAGCGGCCCUCCUUUGACAGAGAUACAGAUGUGCACACGGUGGCCUCCCUGUUAAAGCUCUACCUCCGAGAUCUCCCGGAGCCGGUGGUUCCCUGGAGCCAGUAUGAGGGGUUCUUGCUAUGUGGGCAGCUCAUGAAUGCAGAUGAGACAAAGGCUCAGCAGGAGUUGAUGAAGCAGCUCUCCAUCCUUCCUCGAGACAAUUAUAGCCUCCUGAGCUACAUGUGCAGGUUCCUACAUGAAAUCCAGCUGAACUGUAGUGUUAACAAGAUGAGCGUGGACAAUCUGGCUACUGUGAUUGGUGUGAAUCUCAUCAGGUCGAAGGUGGAAGACCCUGCUGUGAUCAUGCGAGGGGCUCCUCAAAUCCAAAGAGUAAUGACCAUGAUGAUCAGAGACCAUGAAGUCCUCUUCCCCAAGUCCAAAGAUGCACCCCUGUCACCACCUGCCCAGAAAAAUGACCCCAGAAAACCUCCAGUGGCUCGAAGCUCUGUGGGCUGGGAUGCCACUGAAGACCCCUCAAUUUCUAGGACAGACAGCUUCAGUAACACGACCAGCGACUCAGACACAACCAGCCCCACUGGACAACGGCCGAGUGAUGAGUGUCUAGAAGACAGCAGCAGAGACCCCAGGGAAAAGCCAGGAGAUUGGAAGUUGCAAUCUCGAAAAAGGACUCAGACACUCCCUAACCGGAAAUGCUUCUUGACAUCAGCUUUUCAAGGUGCCAAUAGCAGCAAAGUGGAGAUCUUUAAAAAUGAGUUCUGGUCAUCUUCAGAGGGGAAGGCAGGGGAAGGGCACAGGAGAACGAUGUCUCAAGGUGUGCCGCAAUUUUCUGACUCCCAGCGGACUUCCACCUACGAUAACGUCCCUGCCCUGCCCGGGUCCCCCAGGGACGAAGCAGAUGUGCUCUCUUCCCAUGCCUGUGACCCCAGGAGAGACACUCUUGCCAGCCCAACCUCUGCAACCGGGCCUGGAAAAAAGAACUCUGGAGAAGAGGAACUUGAAUCUUUGCAGAGCGUGGUCCAUGAGCUGCGAAAAGAAAUAGAAACACAGAAGCAAAUGUAUGAGGAACAGAUUAAGAACCUUGAGAAGGAAAAUUACGACGUCUGGGCUAAGGUGGUAAGGCUCAAUGAAGAACUGGAAAAGGAGAAGAAGAAGUUUGCAGCCUUGGAAAUCAGCCUUCGCAAUGUGGAGCGCUCCCGGGAGGAUGUUGAGAAGAGGAACAAGGUCUUGGAAGAAGAAGUCAAGGAAUUUGUCAGAUUGAUGAAGGAGCCCAAGACUGAUGCGUGAGGGUCCCAGGAGUACUGCAGAGCCAGCCCCCAGAGACCCAACGCUGCUCCCUUUCUUGCUGCUACCUGAUGUGCGGGAAGCAAAAUUACUCCCGAAGAGGGAGAAAACAUUUUGGGGGAAACAUCACAUUUCCUAGUAAACAAGUCAGUGGAGUUUUCAGGAAGAUAACAGUGAGCAGAGACGUGUGGACAUCUGAGACCCCCUGUGGCUAUAUUCAAAAGGAUUGCAUUAUUCCACUGUGGUCUCAGGCCCAGUGAAAUGGAACCUUCCAUGGCUGAAUCCCUAUAUCCAGUGGAGACAUUUGAGGCAGGCCACCUCCCAGGACCCAGGCAACAGGCUGCUCCCAACCAAGGCUGGACUGAGUGUUAGUUCUUUGUUUGCUGGGUGGAACAACUCGCUUCAUCAGAUGGCCUCAAGGCGUCUCUGAGACACAGGGGCGGAAAAUGAUAUGCAGCUUUUGAAUGUUCGUCCGUGGCAUGCUGUGUUUUGGGGGGGGGGGCUGCACCUGCUGAAGCCAGAGCCCCAUUCUGCCACCCCCACCACAAUGCAUACUCUCCAGGGGUUGGAAACUCAAAAUUAUUAUUAGACUAAGACAAAACAAGCAAUAAACUGUAUUUAUGACAGCAAAAUCAAUGAGAAAAUUAUAUUCAAAUAAAGCGGAAAAAAAAGGCAGGGCUGUUGGUAAUGCAUACAAUGUGAGAGUUAGUGAGACACCCUUCCUUGGGGCAGAUGCACCCCUCUCUGGGCACAUGGUGUGGUGAGCAGGCCAUGGGCUGGACUCCAGUCCCCGCUUGCCUUUCAGGGGCCGCAGUUGUGUACGGUGGGCCUGGGAGCAAAGGUUUCCCACUAUGAUGUGACUUCCUUAGAGGCUGAUUGGGGGUUUAGAUAUAACAGUCAUGAUAAUAAUAUUUUUUCUGUUUGACCAAAAUGCAAGUGAUUUCACCCUUUAAAGGGACAUGAGGCACUAGAGAUGAGCUGGGAGGGGAGUUUUCCCAGCAGACAGCUGACUUCACCUUCUAUAUUAAGCCAGCCUGGCAGAGGCCACUGGUGAGGCCCCAGGCUUUAAUGGAGUCUUUCAUGGUUUUUGUCAUUGUUCUAGUUAGGUGAUCUCCACGCUCUUUUGACUGUGUACCCCAACAGUAGAAAAUAUGAGUAUAUACGCCCUAAUAUAAGUAUAUUUAUUUAUUUAUAAAUUAUAUGUACUACUGUAUUAGCCAGCCCUGGUGGUCUAGUGGUUAAGAUUUGGUGUGCUCACCGCUGUGGCCCGGCUUCAUUUCCAGGUCAGGAAACCACACCACCCGUCUAUCAGUUGUCACACUGUGGCAGCUGCGUGUUUGCUGUGAUGCUGAAAGCUAUGCCACUGGUAUUUCAAAUACCAGCAGGGUCACCCAUGGUGGAUAGGUUUCAGCAGAGUUUCUAGACUAAGACAGACUAGGAAGAAAGACCUGGCCACCCACUUCCAAAAAAGUUGGCCAUGAAAACCCUAUGAAUAGCAGUGGAGCAUUGUCUGAUACAGCGCCAGAAGGUGAGAGGAUGGCGCAAAAAGAUUGGGCAGGGUUCCGCUCUGCUGUCCACAGGGUCACUAGGAGUCAGAAUAGACUCCACGGCACUAACAACAAAACUACUGUAUUGCUAUAUUAUGUAUAUUAUCAAACAUGCACAGGACAGAAAUUGAAUACUGAUAAGAUAAAAACAAAUAUAAAUA